UUUUUUCUUUUUCUUUUCUUUUUUUUCAUGUCAUUUUGGUAUAAGUGAGGCGUGUUUCUCGCGGUUUUCAUCAUUGGGACGAGAUCAAUAAAUACCUCGGAUGGGGCGCGGGGCCGGCUUCGAAAGCAGAUCGAUCCCCAAUUAUACCGCCUUUAAGCUUUUGGCGGCCCAAGCAACGCAAAACCAGCAUCAACAUUACAAUGAAGAACCUCUUCACCGUCGUCGUUGCGGGCUCUCAGUAUUUGCUGCAUCCUCAAAAAUUGGGCACGAUUGAGCAGACAAUCAACCCUGAUGCACUGAUUCCAGUCACUCUCCUCACGACAAGCGAGAUUAACAGCGAUGUUGACGGCAUUUUGGAUCUAUUCGCUGCCGUAGACGACGUCUUCCAGUCUGAUUUCGGCGGCAUUCUGGUAGAAAAGCCAGACAAGGACAACACCAUCGGUCUCAUCCAGAAUAUCGGUCCCCGGAGCAGCAGGACCGUGGUCAGGUUGCAGCAGAUUGAGGCUGAAGACAAAGCCGAGACUGAUGCAGGUGGCUUUGGAGAUCUGCCCUCUGGUCCUUAUUUCCUUCACGGGCCGAACCUGUACCAGGCAUGGAGACUCUAUGACGACGUCUUGGAUGCAUUUACCUUUGGAGUGAUUCCUAAUAGUAUAAACAACACUGAAGAUGGAUAUGAAGCGCUGUCGUCCCUGUCAGACAAUGGCUCGUUCAAGUCUAUUGCCGUACCUUCUCGGCUCUACCAUCCAGCGCCGUCUAUUCGCAAACCCUUGUCUGGAGUCCGAAUAUCCAUCACCGAUGCCGCGUCACUCAAAGGAGUUCGCACGACCUUGUCGAGCCGGGCCUGGACUGAGCUGCACGAUACUGAAGCCACCGAGACGGCAGAAUUUGUCAAACGCCUAAUUGACAUGGGUGCCAUCGUUGUAGGCAAAACCAAAUCGUCACAGUUUGAUUCUGGCCGAGAAUGGGUCGAUGUCGAAGCUCCAUGGAGCCCGAGGGGUGACGGAUAUCAAGACUCGGGUGGAAGCGCAGCCGGUGCUGGAGCCAGCGUGAGCGGAUACGACUGGAUGGAAUAUGCCAUAGCGCAAGAUGGCUUUGAUGGAAUCCGUGAGCAAGCGCGUGUCCAUGGUGUAUACUCGAUUCGACCCUCAGCCGGUGCUAUAUCCCUGGACGGAUGGCAGGUUGAUUCCCAGACUUAUUCUGCGGCCGGCUUCUCGAGCCGCAGCCUGAAAGACUUGCUCAAAAUUGUCCAGGUAGCCUCAAACAUGACAGACGAGAACGUCGCGUUUCCCAAACGCAUCAUUUACCCUUUGGACUUUGCUUCCGUUUUGGAGGGAAAUCAGGCCCUUACAGACAAAUUUGUCGCUACGUUGGAGCAUUUCCUUGGCAUUCAAGCCGACAGGAUAAGCCUGUCGGAGAUUUGGAAUUUCAAGCCGCCAGUUGAGGCCAAUGGGCAGAGCCUUGAAGAAUAUAUGAGGCAGGCUCCCUUCAGCUCCUUUUGUGCCGACUUUUACCACCAAUAUGAGGAUUUUCGCCGAAUUUACGAGGAGAAAUUCGGGCAUGCGCCUUAUGUCGAAACAACUCCCCGAUUCAGAUGGCGUGUCGGCGAAAACGAGUCCGCAGAAGACGGCAGCAGCCACCGCGAGCGAAUUGGAGUCUUUAAAACGUGGUUCGGCGAGAACGUCAUGCCGACCCUCCAAGACUCCGAUAGCAUCAUGAUCCUCCCUUUCGGGCCUCACCAUACAGUGCAUUACCGCGACGACUUACCACAAGCACCGAGCAGAAUCGAUGGCAUUGGACCUGGGGCUCUGGCUCCUCUUCUGGGACUGCCGCAUCUUAUCGUGCCUUUCGCACAGACGACAUAUCGCUCGCGAGUAACGGCUAGAACAGAGAGCCGUCCCUUUAGUGGCUCCGUCAUGGGCCCUUCCGGAAGCGACAUGAUGCUCAUUCAGCUGGCCAAGGCGGCGUUUGAGCACGCAAAGUGGCGGUCACAGGUCGAUGCCGGGCGCCUGGCCUUUCCAGAAGGCUCUAAUGCAGCUUGAAGCAAUAGAUAAAGGGUCGAGUCGUGUCCAGGUGUCAU